CCCACACUGCCUGUGUAGGAACAUCCUCCCAAGCAGAAAUUCCUAAGCUUUCAGAAUAUGUGCUCGCAACAAUAUCUUUGCUAGAAGAACCAGAGGACAGAAUGGCGGACAAGCACACCUUUUGGCCCAGUCUCGGCUUGUUGGGAAGCAGUCAGCUAUGAGGCUCCAUUAUCUGCUAUUUGCAUUCCUCAUCUUGUUCUUGGUGCCUGCUCCAGGGGAUGCAUUCAUCCAGAAAACCCUUCGAAAAAUAUACUGCAAAGUAAGAGGCGGCCGCUGUGCUCUGUUUAGCUGUCUUACAACGGAAGAACAAAUAGGUCGAUGUUCUAAAAAAGGUCGGAAAUGCUGCCGAAAGAAGAAGUAGAAGGUCCGGAUUCAGGACGAGAGUGUUGCCGUUUGGGGGGAAUCUUCUUGAAGGUGUA